AUGUCUGGCCAACGGCCACCGUCGUCGUUGCCGCCGCAGCCGCAGCCAUUCCGCUUCUGGCUUCCCUACAGAAGCAACGUGGGAUCGUGGCGGCAGCAAUCACGGACGCCGUCGCAGCCAAUGCCAUCGUCGCCUCGACCUCGAGCACCUACGACGCCGCCGCCACCAACUCCGGCAGGGCCUCCGCCGCAGCGGUCGGUGCCACACGCCGUGGUGGAAGAUAUCCCUCUUCAAGCCGAGUCAUCCGAUGAGUCGGGCACGAUCCCGGUCCAAAGCUCAGACUCGUCGCAGCUGCGAGGGGGCAGGCCGUCCAUGGCCGACCUCGAGCUGACGCUCUCCGGCGAGCCGCCGGCCGCCAAGAACAGAAUCACCAUCUCCGGCUUCCCGCGGUCGCGCCUCUUUGACGGCGCGCGCGCGCCGUACCGGCGGGAGAUCGAGGACGGCCUCAAGAGCCUCGCCGCGCGCGAGACGCCGGCGCCGAGGCCGGAGAGCGGCCAGGGGUACCGCGUCGUGACGCUCGCCGGCCACAACGUCGGCGCGAGCAUGAUGCUCGGCAACGCGCCGCCGCCGCCAAGAGCCGCGGAGCCGGAGCCGCCGAGGGUGGCGGCGAACGUGAACAGCAACGUGCAGAGCGUGAACAACUCGUCGAUGGAGGGGAGCACGCUCAGCGCCGGCAGCCCCGGCGUGCACGUGGACAUCAGGAACGCGCGGGAGGAGCCCGAGGCGGCGACGCCGACGCCGCCGCCGAAGGAGGAAGAUAAGGCAAAGGAGCCCGUGAGAAGACCGCCGCGGGAGACGAGCGCUGCGGCAGGAGGCGGCGAGGCGGCGAGGCCGACGGCGAGGCGGAGGCGGUGCCUGCGCGCGCUGAUGAUGGAGAACGGGAGCGAGACGGAGGCGGCGCGGAAGCCGAGGCCCGGCGCCUGCCGAUUCCAGUGCGUAGCGGAACAUGCACCGCCGGCGGCGACGGCGAGCAACGGCGGUGGCGCUGGCGGUAAGAGCGCGGAGGAGGAUGGCGGGAAAUCAAGCACGGAACAGGCAGCAAGUUGA